AGACAGCGCAGUACUGUUCCGAUCCGGAUAUAAUACAGAGAAUGCCAAAACAAUAAAUCAGCACAGUUAAACGGCACCCCGCCGAACAGGCCUCCGCUCUUCGGAUUUAGUUAACAUUAGUCAGACUAACUCUUUCUUAUUUCGUCAGUCAAACAUCAGUGAUUUAUUGAAAAGGCAAUCAAACCGGUAUCCCUUCUUCGGAUAAAAGGUAUGCGGACACAGAAGGUAUGCUGAACAAUCGACGCAUUUAUCAACAGAAUGAUCAAUUCUGCACAUUAUUCGAUUAAUCGAGCUGCAUUAAUUUCUUAAUCGGGUUGCAAGUUUGCAACAUCGGGGCUCAAAAGUUUUCUGAUUCCUUAACACUGCAAAUUGCUGUUACUAGGUAAUAGAAACCAAAUUUUUCAAAUGGGCACUUCUUGGCUGUGGAUUUGCGUCUCCUGUAUGUUUCUCUGGAAACCGAUUGUGAUGACCAAGCAGACAGGUUCAUUGAACGAUCAGCGCUAUACCGCCACCGCAACUCCGUUUCCACGUUUCUCCGCGGAGCCAAUGACGCGCGAUCAGUGUACUCUGCAGUUCACUGAAAAUUGCCGUCCUUUUUCGUUGAAUAGCUAUUCGUUCCUAUACUCCAUUAACGAUGAAUUCUGGGCGAACCAUUUCUCUAUAAACUCCACCGUAAUAUCCGAUCAAGUAACCCCGGUUAACUGCAGUUUCAACCAUGGUCUGCACCUGAACUGCAAUAACCAAGUCAAUGCCCAAGAAAUGCGCCAAUUGGCUGCGUCGUUAUCGCAGCCACCGCUACGGGCGGUUUUCGUGAACUUGACCGAUGGCCCACUAGUGACCUUGGACAACCUGUCGCCCGUCCGUCAGCAAACGAUCAUCUUGAACCUGUACUUUUGCGCAUCGACUCGCACGACGGGCAAGCUGGUCACGCUAGGCUUCCCGAACCUGCUGAAUUUCGAACUGCACAACUGCCGCGCUAUGGUUGUAAAGAAAACAGAUUUUUGGUCGUCCAUCAAACUCCGCAUGAUCCUCUUCGCGAAUACGACCCUGCGCUCAUUGGAAGAGAACACUUUCACUGACUUACCAGCCUUACGACUCAUCUCCUUAGAAAAGGGCUUCAGUGAAAUGGAAGUGUUUAGCAAAGAUAUAAGAAAUUAUCUACAAAAGCUGCAUUGUGGAUGCGAAUACGAGUGGUUCCGGCAGUGGUGGAGCAAAAAUCAGCUUUUGCGCAGUGUUGACCGAAGUCAAAUAUUCCAUAUUCCGACUAACUCAUGGCACAACGAUAACGUCACAAAAAGAGAUAUGUAUCUGCCAAUUGAUUGUGCGGCUAAUCCGUUUCCAGAGGGUUCGGAAUUCAUUGAUUUCGCACAAGACGCUUUUUCCAUCAACGAGAAAUCUGACGCAGAAAACGGAUGCCCGAACGAAAUGGAGAAUACGCCAUUUCCGGUGUUCUCCAUGGAACCAGCGACCGCGGCUGAAUGUGAUUAUCAGCAGCAGGACUGGCGGUGCUCGCCCUUGAUCACGCCUACACAACGCGAGUGUCCCGAAGCUAACCUCACCGGCAAGCGUUUGAACCCAUCGUACUGUCUAUCUGAGUUGCGCAGUCAAUCGGCGGCUCUUGCGCGACUCCCUCCGCGUCCUCUUAGCCUGUUCUGGCUGGACAACAUCACUGCUAUUUCGACCGAUUUGGGUUACGCACGCUCGUACAUCGUCUAUUACGAGUCACUGGUGUGUAGUCAACAUCGCACAACGGCUUUUAUGAACCAACUUAAACUGACCGGCUUGCUGGCGUACCAGCUGUCAUAUUGCUCCGAACUGGAAAUCAGAAAAGCCGAUUUUUACUAUUCAAUUCGACUACGGGAAUUUCGCCUGUACAAUUCGACGAUACGCAGUCUAGAAAACAAUGCUUUCUCUGGUCUUCCAUCAUUGCGUCUGUUGUUAUUAGAGAGCAACAUGCGGAGCGGACCGGAAAUAGAGGGUCACACGUGGACUUUUCCAAAGACUGCGAAAUUAUCUCUUCCAGUUGCACUGUAGUUGUGGUUUUGCCUGGUUCAGAGAUUGGCGCCGACAAAACUCGGCACUGCUGACGUCAGCCGAUCAGGGAGAAGUUUGGUUUGCCGCGCAACAUUCGUUCAACGAACUGUACGUUCCCGCUGACAUGUUUGUCCCGAUAGAUUGCGCCCAGCCCAUUCCUUAUGGACCCGAUGGUGUAGACACUAACCAGACAGCCUAUUCCAUCAAUGAACCGAACUGCUGGUGAACGGUGAAUAAUUAGUUAGAGUAGCUAUGUCGACGCAGAUAUCCGUUGGUUAUUCUUUACAAACAUGGAUAGGCAAAAAUAUAUAUUUUUUUAUCUUCUGUUAGCCCUGCACCCGCUUUAGACAGCCUGACGCAGGUACAAGGACACUGGUAACAAGUAAUGCCAUGUUUGCUCUGAGUUCCCGCCGGGCAUGACUUGCUCCGCAUAACGAACAGAUAUUCAAAUUUAAUCAGCAUUAAAGACCAAA